CUUGACGCUUGUGAAGUUCCGUGUGUGUAUCGCUAACUCGAGCUAAUUCAUCAGCUAGCCAACCUUGCCCAGUGUUGGCCAGGUAGACGUACAAUGAGAGAUAUUCCGGAUAAAUCGAAUAGCAGUUAAGUGUUCGGCAUUGUAAUACAAACACAUUAGGCCGUUCAAAUGGUGGUCAUAUCAGGCACAGCCACUGUGCUGCAGCAGUUUGUCAGUGGACUGAAGAGUCGAAAUGAAGACACUCGAGCAAAAUCUGCCAAAGACCUGCAGCACUAUGUGACUACAGAACUCAGAGAGUUAAGCCAAGAUGAAGCUACUACGUUCUACGAUGAGUUGAACCACCACAUAUUUGAGCUCGUGUCCAGCUCUGAUGUGAAUGAAAAGAAAGGAGGGAUUCUUGCCAUAGUGAGUCUAAUUGGAGUUGAAGGAGGCAAUGCCACCAGGAUCAGUCGAUUCGCCAACUACCUCCGCAACCUGCUCCCUUCCAGCGACCCCGUGGUGAUGGAGAUGGCCUCUAAAGCUAUGGGCCACCUUUCUAUGGCGGGGGACACCUUUACAGCUGAGUAUGUGGAGUUUGAAGUGAAGAGAGCCCUGGAAUGGUUGGGAGCCGACAGAAAUGAAGGGAGACGCCAUGCUGCAGUUUUGGUGUUGAGGGAGCUGGCUGUGAGUGCACCCACCUUCUUCUUCCAGCAAGUCCAGCCGUUCUUUGACAACAUCUUUUACGCAGUAUGGGAUCCUAAGCAGGCCAUCCGAGAAGGCGCUGUGUCUGCCCUGCGAGCCUGUCUCAUCCUCACCACUCAGAGAGAGACAAAGGAAAUGCAGAAACCACAGUGGUACAAACAAACCUUUGAAGAGGCAGAAAAAGGCUUUGAUGAGACUUUGGCCAAAGAGAAAGGGAUGAAUCGUGACGACAGGGUCCACGGCGCUCUUCUGAUCCUGAAUGAGCUGGUUCGCAUCAGCAGCAUGGAGGGAGAGCGUAUGCGCGAGGAGAUGGAGGAGAUCACACAGCAGCAGCUGGUCCACGAUAAGUACUGCAAGGAACUGAUGGGGUUUGGAACAAAGCCCCGCCACAUCACACCCUUCACCAGCUUCCAGUCGGUGCAGCCACAGCAGUCCAACGCCCUCCUGGGCUUGUUGGGUUACAGCACACCUCAAGGCUUCCCCAGCUUUGGGGCCACACCGGCACCUGCCAAGAGCUCUCUGGUGGAGAGUCGCUACUGCCGUGAGUUGAUGGAGGAGCGAUUUGACCAGGUGUGUCGGUGGGUGCUGAAAUACAGGACCAGCAAAAAUCCUCUGAUCCAGAUGACCAUCCUCAACCUGCUUCCACGCUUGGCUGCUUUCCAGCCGCAUACCUUUACAGACCAGUAUUUGUCAGACACUAUGGGCUACCUGCUGGGCUGCCUGAAGAAGGAGAAGGAGAGGACGGCAGCUUUCCAGGCUUUGGGGCUGCUGGUUGUGGCUGUGAGGACAGAAAUCCAGCCAUACCUCUCCAAGAUCCUUGAGAUCAUCAAGGCUGCCCUGCCACCCAAGGACUUUGCACACAAGAGACAGAAGACCAUGCAGGUGGAUGCUACAGUGUUUACGUGCAUUAGCAUGCUUUCUAGAGCCAUGGGUCCCAGCAUCCAGCCAGACAUCAAAGAACUGCUUGAGCCUAUGCUUGCUGUGGGCCUCAGUCCUGCACUUACUGCAGUGCUGUACGAUCUGAGCCGUCAAAUCCCCCAGCUGAAGAAAGAUAUACAGGAUGGUUUGCUGAAGAUGCUCUCUUUGGUAUUAAUGCACAAGCCGUUGCGUCACCCUGGCAUGCCCAAAGGCCUGGCUCACCAGCUAGCCUCACCAAGCCUCACUAACAUUCCAGAGGCUAGUGACGUUGGCAGCAUCACCCUGGCCCUGCGAACCCUGGGAAGCUUUGAAUUUGAAGGACAUUCCCUCACCCAGUUUGUGCGCCACUGUGCUGAUCACUUCUUGAACAGCGAACACAAAGAAAUCCGAAUGGAGGCAGCUCGGACUUGCUCACGCCUGCUUACUCCCUCCAUCCACCUGAUCAGCGGCCAUGUUGUCAGCCAGACCGCUGUGCAGGUUGUUGCAGAUGUUCUCAGCAAGCUGCUAGUUGUUGGCAUCACUGAUCCAGAUCCAGAUAUCCGAUAUUGCGUGCUGGCAUCUCUUGAUGAACGCUUUGAUGCUCACCUCGCCCAGGCUGAAAACUUGCAGGCGUUGUUUGUUGCUCUGAAUGAUGAGGUGUUUGAGAUCAGAGAGCUGGCAAUCUGCACGAUCGGACGCCUGAGCAGCAUGAACCCUGCCUUUGUUAUGCCCUUCCUACGCAAGAUGCUCAUCCAGAUCUUAACAGAAUUGGAGCACAGCGGUGUUGGCAGGAAUAAAGAGCAGAGUGCGCGUAUGCUUGGGCACCUGGUCUCCAAUGCGCCCCGCCUUAUACGCCCUUAUAUGGAACCCAUCCUCAAGGCUCUCAUCCUCAAGCUUAAAGACCCAGACCCUAACCCCGGAGUAGUCAUUAGUGUCCUUGCAACCAUUGGCGAGUUGGCUCAGGUGAGUGGCCUAGAGAUGAGGAAGUGGAUGGAUGAGCUUUUCCCAAUAAUUAUGGACAUGCUGCAGGACUCAUCAUCACUGGCCAAGCGACAGGUGGCUCUGUGGACACUGGGCCAGCAAGUAGCUAGUACAGGCUAUGUGGUGGAGCCCUACCGCAAGUACCCAUCCCUUCUAGAGGUGCUGCUUAACUUCCUGAAGACUGAACAAAACCAGGGCAUCAGGAGAGAGGCUAUACGUGUUCUGGGGCUUCUUGGAGCCCUGGAUCCCUACAAACACAAGGUGAAUAUCGGCAUGAUCGACCAGUCCCGAGAUGCCUCUGCUGUCAGUCUCUCGGAGUCCAAGUCCAGUCAGGACUCGGCUGACUAUAGCACCAGUGAAAUGCUAGUGAACAUGGGUAACCUGCCCCUAGAUGAGUUUUACCCUGCUGUGGCAAUCGUCACUUUGAUGCGCAUCCUGAGAGACCCAUCACUCUCCAACCACCACACUAUGGUAGUCCAGGCGGUCACCUUCAUCUUCAAAUCUUUGGGCCUAAAGUGCGUCCAGUUCCUGCCUCAGGUCAUGCCCACUUUUCUCAAUGUGAUCCGGGUCUGUGACGCUAGUAUUCGAGAGUUCCUCUUUCAGCAGAUGGGAAUGGUCGUGUGCUUUGUGAAGAUUCACAUCCGUCCCUAUAUGGAUGACAUCUUCACCCUCAUCAGAGAAUACUGGACACCAAACAACCCCAUGCAGAACACCAUCAUCCUCCUGAUUGAGCAGAUUGUGGUGGCGCUGGGUGGAGAGUUCAAGCUCUAUCUCCCUCAGCUCAUUCCACACAUGCUACGUGUCUUCAUGCACGACAACAGCACCGGGCGCAGUGUUACCAUCAAGCUACUCAAUGCCAUCCAGCUGUUUGGUGCCAACCUAGAUGACUACCUCCACUUGUUGCUGCCUCCCAUUGUCAAGCUCUUUGAUGCCCCUGAUGUUCCCCUGCAGGCGCGCAAGGUUGCCUUGGAGACACUGGACCGACUGACAGAGUCCCUGGACUUCACAGACUACGCUUCACGCAUUAUCCACCCGAUCGUUCGGACACUUGACACCACUCCAGAGCUGCGUUCCACUUCCAUGGACACCCUGUCCUCGCUCGUAUUCCAGUUGGGCAAGAAGUACCAGAUCUUCAUCCCCAUGGUGAAUAAAGUGAUGCUAAAGCACAGGAUCAACCACCAGCGUUACGACAUACUCAUAUGUCGCAUUGUCAAGGGCUAUACUCUGGCAGAGGAGGAAGAAGACCCUCUAAUUUUCCAGCAUCGCCAGGUUCGCGGUAACCAAGGUGACGCUUUGGUCAGCGGACCAGUAGAGGCGGGGCCUAUGAAGAAGCUCCACGUCAGCACUACUGCACUUCAGAAGGCUUGGGGAGCUGCCAGGAAGGUGUCCAAAGAUGACUGGCUGGAGUGGCUGAGGCGCUUGAGUGUUGUCCUGCUCAAAGAGUCAUCCUCCCCAGCUCUGCGCUCGUGCUGGUCACUGGCUCAGACCUACAUCCCUCUUGCCAGAGACCUGUUCAAUGCAGCUUUCCUCUCGUGUUGGUCUGAGCUGAGUGAGGACCAGCAGGAUGAGCUGAUCCGCAGCAUUGAGUUAGCGCUCACAUCUCAAGACAUUGCUGAGGUCACACAGACUUUGCUCAACUUGGCAGAGUUCAUGGAGCACAGCGAUAAGGGCCCUCUGCCCCUCAGAGACGAUAAUGGCAUUGUGCUGCUCGGUGAGAGAGCUGCCAAAUGCCGUGCCUAUGCCAAGGCACUGCAUUACAAAGAGCUGGAGUUUCAGAAGGGACCAACCCCCCUUAUCCUGGAGUCUCUUAUCAGCAUCAACAAUAAACUGCAGCAGCCAGAAGCAGCAUCUGGGGUUCUGGAAUAUGCCAUGAAACAUUUUGGUGAGCUGGAAAUCCAAGCCACCUGGUAUGAGAAGCUGCAUGAGUGGGAAGAUGCCUUGGUAGCAUAUGACAAGAAGAUCGACAUGAACAAAGAGGAUCCAGAGCUCAUCCUGGGCCGAAUGCGCUGCUUAGAGGCUCUAGGAGAAUGGGGCCAGUUGCACCAGCAGUGUUGUGAAGAAUGGACACUUGUCAGUGAAGAAACGCAGGCCAAGAUGGCGCGCAUGGCUGCUGCUGCUGCCUGGGGUCUAGGACACUGGGACAGCAUGGAAGAGUACACGUGUAUGAUCCCUAGAGACACGCACGAUGGGGCUUUUUAUAGAGCGGUGCUAGCCCUUCAUCAGGACCUCUUCUCAUUGGCUCAACAGUGCAUUGACAAAGCAAGAGACCUCCUGGAUGCUGAGCUGACUGCCAUGGCGGGAGAGAGCUACAGUCGAGCCUAUGGGGCCAUGGUGUCUUGCCAGAUGUUGUCAGAACUAGAGGAGGUAAUCCAGUAUAAGCUGGUGCCAGAGAGAAGGGACAUCAUAAGGGAAACAUGGUGGGAGAGGCUUCAGGGCUGUCAGCGCAUUGUAGAGGAUUGGCAGAGGAUCCUAAUGGUCAGAUCUCUGGUCAUCAGCCCCCACGAAGACAUGAGGACCUGGUUGAAAUAUGCCAGUCUUUGUGGCAAGAGCGGACGCCUGGCACUGGCCCAUAAGACCCUGGUCCUCCUCCUAGGUGUUGACCCCUCCAAGCAACUUGAUCACCCAUUGCCUACAACCCACCCUCACGUUACCUAUGCGUACAUGAAGUACAUGUGGAAGAGCGGCCGCAAGAUCGACGCUUUCCAGCACAUGCAGCAUUUUGUGCAAGGAGUGCAACAGCAGGCUCAACAUGCCGUUGCAGCUGAGGACCAUCAGCGGAAGCAGGAGCUCUACAAGCUGAUGGCCAGAUGUUUCUUGAAGCUGGGGGAGUGGCAGCUCAGUCUGCAGGGCAUCAAUGAGAGCACCAUCCCCAAAGUUCUGCAGUAUUACAGCAAUUCAACUGAGCAUGACCGCAACUGGUACAAGGCUUGGCACGCCUGGGCUGUGAUGAAUUUUGAGGCAGUGCUGCACUACAAACACCAAAACCAAGGGCGAGAUGAAAAGAAGAAGCUGCGGCACGCCAGUGGUGCCAGUGCUAAUAGUGAAGCCAGCAACAGCGACAGUGAGGUUGACAGCACUGAUCCCAGCCCUGUGCCCUCACCAGGUCAGAAGAAGGUCAAUGAGGACCUCUCAAAGACGUUGCUCCUGUACACAGUUCCUGCUGUGCAAGGUUUCUUCCGCUCCAUUUCCCUGUCCAGAGGAAAUAACUUGCAGGACACGCUUAGGGUUUUGACUCUGUGGUUUGAUUAUGGUCAUUGGCCCGAAGUGAAUGAAGCUCUGGUGGAAGGCAUCAAGACCAUUCAAAUAGACACCUGGCUGCAGGUCAUCCCGCAGCUUAUAGCUCGAAUCGACACCCCUCGAGCCCUGGUGGGCCGUCUGAUCCACCAGCUGCUAACUGACAUUGGACGAUAUCAUCCCCAGGCUUUGAUCUACCCACUGACUGUGGCUUCAAAGUCCACCACUACCGCCCGCCACAAUGCUGCCAACAAGAUCCUGAAGAACAUGUGUGAACACUGCAACACCCUAGUUCAGCAAGCUAUGAUGGUGAGUGAGGAGCUCAUCCGAGUGGCCAUCUUGUGGCAUGAGAUGUGGCACGAGGGCCUUGAAGAGGCAUCACGUCUGUACUUCGGUGAGCGCAACGUCAAGGGCAUGUUUGCUGUGCUGGAACCCCUACAUGCCAUGAUGGAGAGGGGACCACAGACCCUCAAAGAGACCUCUUUCAAUCAGGCUUAUGGGAGGGACCUGAUGGAGGCACAAGACUGGUGCAGGAAGUACAUGCGCUCUGGAAACGUUAAAGACCUGACUCAGGCCUGGGACCUCUACUACCACGUGUUCAGACGCAUCUCCAAGCAGCUGCCACAGCUGACCUCCCUGGAGCUGCAAUAUGUUUCUCCAAAGCUGCUGAUGUGUCGAGACCUGGAGCUUGCUGUACCCGGCACUUAUGACCCCAACCAGCCUAUCAUUCGCAUCCAGUCCAUCGCCCCCUCGCUGCAGGUCAUCACCUCCAAGCAGCGCCCACGCAAACUCACCAUCAUGGGUAGUAAUGGCCACGAGUUCAUGUUCCUGUUGAAGGGCCAUGAGGACUUGAGGCAGGAUGAGAGAGUCAUGCAGCUGUUUGGUCUGGUUAACACGCUUCUGGCAAACGACCCUGCGUCCUUGCGCAAGAACCUCAGCAUUCAGCGCUACGCAGUGAUCCCCCUGUCCACCAACUCGGGCCUGAUUGGCUGGGUGCCCCACUGUGACACCCUGCAUGCCCUCAUCAGAGACUACAGAGAGAAGAAAAAGAUUUUGCUCAACAUUGAACAUCGCAUCAUGCUCAGGAUGGCUCCAGACUACGACCACCUGACGCUGAUGGAGAAGGUGGAGGUGUUUGAACAUGCUGUCAAUAACACAGCUGGAGACGACCUGGCCAAGCUCUUGUGGCUCAAGAGCCCCAGCUCUGAGGUGUGGUUCGACAGGAGGACGAACUACACUCGAUCCCUGGCUGUGAUGUCGAUGGUGGGCUACAUCCUCGGACUGGGUGACAGGCAUCCAUCCAAUUUGAUGUUAGACCGGUUAAGCGGCAAGAUCCUACACAUCGACUUUGGAGACUGUUUUGAGGUGGCCAUGACCAGAGAAAAGUUCCCUGAAAAGAUUCCCUUCCGACUGACUAGGAUGCUAACCAAUGCUAUGGAGGUGACGGGCUUGGAUGGUAACUACAGGAUCACGUGCCACACAGUGAUGGAGGUGCUGAGGGAGCACCGGGACAGCGUCAUGGCUGUGCUGGAGGCCUUCGUCUACGACCCGCUGCUCAACUGGAGGCUUAUGGACACAAACACCAAAGGCACCAAACGCUCCCGCACCAGGACCGACUCGUACACCGCCGGGCAGUCAGUGGAGGCUCUUGAGGGAAUUGACCUUGGAGAGACCACGCACAAGAAAGCAGGGACCACAGUGCCUGAGUCGAUUCACUCCUUCAUUGGAGAUGGCUUGGUACAACCUGAGGCACUCAACAAGAAGGCUAUUCAGAUUAUUAACAGAGUGCGAGACAAACUUACGGGUCGUGACUUCUCUCAUGAUGAGACGCUGGAUGUGCCGACACAAGUAGAGCUCCUCAUCAAACAAGCCACCUCACAUGAAAAUCUGUGCCAGUGCUACAUCGGAUGGUGCCCCUUUUGGUGAAGAAGCGUUUCCUCCAGCCAGGAUUGACCCUUGACUUUCUCGCACACUGAUAGAUGAAGUAGGAGCUCUCAGCUCAGAUUGGUAUCCACUGGAAUGUGUCCUCAAGCCACACUGCAGAGCCUAAACAAAGUUUUUCCUCUUUUUUUUCUGUUUGGAUUUCUUUGUUGUUGUAUAAUUUUACGGUUUGCCAUUUAUGUUUAUUAGAAAGUACCUUUAGUGCUUUGUUUUUACCUGAUUAUCACAAUUUACCAAAUUUUGCAGUCAUUGCUCAUAAUGACCUUUGUAAUUUUUACCAUUAUAUUUACUCGCUAAAAGCUUUCUACAGUGGCCAUAUUGUAAUCACUAAUGACAUCUAUUACUCCACAUACUGUUUUCUUCUCAUAAAGCCACCAGUCUGUAUCAUUGUGUAUGAAUGUGACAAAUUUCAGCAACAUCAUAUGCCUUUUACUAACUUAAACAUUCUUAAAGGGUUUCUGAUGAGCAGAAAUCAGUAAGAAUUUGAUUUCAUUUGAUUUGAGUGGACUGCGAUGUACUGAAUGGGCAUUUGUGUGCCAUUAAACCCUGUAUAGAUACCACUGUGA